AUGAAAAAUCUAGUAGUGCAAUUCACAUAUACUGUAACACUGUUCCACUACGACGGCCACACGACGGAGUGGGACGAGGAGUUCCAGUGGUCCAAGGAGACCGUCCACUUCAGCGCCAGGAAGCAGACCAAAUGGUGGUUCGCCAAGAGGUUCCUUCACCCGAGCAUCAUGGCGCCGUACGAGUACGUGUUCCUGUGGGACGAGGACCUCGGCGUCGACAACUUCACCGCCGAAGCGUACAUCAACAUCGUGAAGAAGCACGGGCUGGAGAUCUCGCAGCCGGGGCUGGGCGCCACCAAGGGGCACAAGGCGUACGACGUCUCCGUCAAGAGAAACUCCGGUGACAUGCACAAGACUGCAGGGGGGAAGCAGUGCCCCGACGUGCACCAGCGGCCGUGCAGCGGGUUCGUGGAGGUGAUGGCGCCAGUCUUCUCCAGGGAUGCUUGGAGAUGCGUGUGGCAUAUGAUCCAGAAUGAUCUGGUUCAUGGAUGGGGUCUCGACUUCAAAUUCUGGAGAUGUUUCAAUGACCCUGAAGAGCAAUUCGGCAUCGUUGACGCACAAUAUGUUGCCCAUCAUGGAGUGCCCACACUCAGAGAUCAGGGUAACGGAGAAAAGCAAGGAAGCAGGGCUAAGGUGAAAGACCGACAAUACGAGGAGAUGCACGCCUUUGACUCAAGAAUGGACAAUGCCGACAAGGACCUGGCCAACUCUACCGCUAGAUCAUCAUCCCAACCCUAA